AUAGUCUGACUGGUGUGAGUGUGCAUCGAGAUUUUUGUUACCAGUCCUAUAAAUUCCGUUGAUAGAGCAGGGAAUUUCCAAAAAAGAAAGGAUGUUUUCUCACAAAUUGAUGGAUAGUCAGCUGGCUCGUGAUUUGGCUACUGAACUUCAUGACCGUCAAAUUGAAAUAAAACUUAGUGACGCUUCUUCUCUUCCAGUAUUUGGCAAAAACAAUCUCGAACCGAGCCAUUGUGUUUUACCUUCCCAGUACUUGCAAUAUGCCGAUCGGAUACGAAACCUUACCGUUUACAAAGAUGAUGUAUGGGUUGUCACUUUUCCGAAAUGCGGAACAACGUGGACACAAGAAAUGGUUUGGCUGAUCGAUCAUGAUCUCGAUUACGAAACUGCCGGUAAAUUUGAUCUCAACUUGCGGUCUGUGUUCAUAGAGGCAUCGGCAGUGAUUGGCGACUGUUUGGGUGAUACUGUGGAAAGAGUGGAGAAUCUUGAACGCCCUCGUCAUAUUAAAAGCCAUCUUCCGCUGGCCCUACUUCCAAGCCAGCUUUGGACCGUUCAACCGAAAAUUAUAUAUUGUGCUCGAAAUCCGAAAGAUGUAGCUGUAUCCUACAUGCACCAUUAUCGGCAUCUACAUGGCUACAAAGGUACGAAUGAAGCAUUUCUCGAUGGAUUGCUAGCCGAACAAGUCCUGUGGUGUCCACAAGUACCGCACACGCUCGACUUUUGGAAUAUUCGAAAUCUGGAUUAUGUUUUGUUCAAUCAUUAUGAAGAAAUGAAAAAGGAUAUAAUGAGCGUUCUGAGAAAAACGUGCAAGUUUCUCGGCAAAAGUUACACCGACGAACAGUUGGAAAAAUUAGCACAGCAUUUGUCGUUUGAUAUUAUGAAAAAAAAUCCAACUGCCAAUCAAACACAGCUAGUGAAAGCGUUGGAAAAAGUUCGGGACACUAAAAUAGAUUUCAAAUUCAUGAGAAAAGGACAGUCUGGUUGCCAUCGUGAUGAACUCAACCCAUAAUAUUCACAACGAUUACAAGAGCACGUUGAUAAGCAAUUGGCUGGUAGUGGCUUUCAAUACAUGGAAUAACAAUUAUUUCCUAGUUGAUAUGUUGAUAUGUGAUAAGAUAUAUACAAAGAAACGUGAAUCCGUUGCUCAUGAUACAACUUUUGCCGAGAAAUAUAGUUUGACAUUAUUGUUGAAUCUAUAAUGAGUUGCAGUAUUAAUAAAUAAAAAUAAGGUAAUUGUAACUGCAACAAUUGUAAAAUCCUUUAU